AUGUCAGAUAAAAAUCCAUGUGUUGUAUUAGAAAAAAUUGAUGAUAUCCAAUUUAAAGAUGAAUCAAUCCCAACAAUUGAUCAACCAGAUGAAUGUAUUGUUGAAAUAAAAUAUGUUGGAAUUUGUCAUUCAGAUAUAGCUUAUUAUAAACAAGGUAAAAUUGGAGACUUUAAAUUAGUCAAGCCAAUGGUUCUUGGACACGAACCUUCAGGAGUUAUUUCAAAGGUUGGAAAAAACGUUAAAUCAUUAAAAGUUGGUGAUCGUGUUGCUAUUGAACCAGGUAUUGUUAAAUCAAGAGCUGAUAAAUUUUAUAAAGAAGGUCGUUAUAAUUUAAGUCCAAUGGAUUUUGCUGCAACUCCUGAUCCAAAUGGUAAUAAUCCUCAAGGUGCAUUAUGUAAGUACUACAAAUCACCAGCUGACUUAUUAUAUAAAUUACCAGACGAUGUUAGUUUGGAAUUGGGUGCCUUAUGUGAACCAUUGAGUGUUGGAGUACACGCUAUUGGAAGAUCAAAUUUGAAACCCUUGGAACCAGUUGCGGUCAUAGGUUGUGGCCCUGUGGGUCUUUUAUUAGCUUCAGCGGUCAGGGUCUUGUAUGGUAACCCCACAAUUUUGCUCGACAUAGUAGAUGAUAAACUUCGUCUUGCUCGUGAUAUCGGGGCGGCAUCCCAUACUUAUAAUUCAAAAGAUGGUAAUGUUGAAGAUUUGAUUAAAGCCUUUGAUGGAAAUAGACCUGUUGUAGCUUUUGAAUGUACUGGUGCUCCUCCUUGCAUUGAUUUAGCAGUUAAAUGUGUUGAAGAUGGAGGUCGUGUUGUUCAAGUUGGAAAUGCCCUGCUGGAUACUGUUCCAUUUCCAAUUCUUAAUUUAAUAAAUAGAGAAUUAACAUUAUAUGGCUCAUUUAGAUAUGCUUAUGGAGAUUAUCCAACUUCAAUUCAACUUUUGGAAAGAAAUUACAAAAAUGGAAAAGAUAAAGCUAUUGUUGAUUUUGAAAGGUUAAUUACUAAUGUUUUCCCAUUCGACGAUGCAAUUAAAGCUUACGAAUUUGCAGCAAAAGGUAAAGAUUUUGUUAAAAUCAUGAUCAAAGGUCCAGAAUAG